CAACUUCACCACAACCCUCAACCACCCACCAUGGAAGCUCCAACCUCACCUCCCAAAGCUGCAGAAGAAGCACCCACCCCAGUAGCCCUCUUCAAAAAGCGCACCAACAAGAACAAAUCCAACAUCCGCAAGCGACCCGCCACGCCCCCCCCAGCCAACUCAGACUCCGACGACUACUCCUCCUCCGAAGACGAAGCAGGCCACAAGAUAAAACGCCGCAAGCACAACACCGGCACCAUAACCGCCUCCUCCAAACCCACCGCCUCCACCACCGAAAUCACCCCCGCCGCCCACGCCGCCUCCCGCGCCGGCAUCACCAGCGCUAACGACGCCACCAAGACGACCGAGUGGUUCGAUGAGCGCCCGCCCUCAUUCUCCAGCAAGCAGCUCUUGGGCAGCACGCGCGCCCUCCCCGCAGCCCCAGAUGGCACAUACAAAGGCCUCGCGGCGCAGAAACAGACGACGUUCAUCCAGCGCAACCCCGACGCGCCUAAUCGCAACAUCGGGCCCAUCAAAGCCCCGACCAAUAUCCGCACCAUCACCGUGACGGACUUUGCGCCGGAUGUGUGUAAGGACUAUAAGACUACGGGGUUCUGUGGGUUUGGAGAUAAUUGCAAGUAUCUGCAUGCGCGCGAGGACUAUAAGGCUGGGUGGCAGCUGGAUAAGGAGUGGGAGACUGUGACGAAUGGGAAGAAGAAUAUUGGCGGGACGACGGUCGCGAGGGCGGGACGAGGGAUGGGGGAAGAAGAGGAGGAAGAUGAUGAGGAUGCGGAGUUGGAGGGCGUGCCGUUUGCGUGUAUUAUUUGUCUCGGGGGGUAUAAGCAUCCGGUUGUAACGCGGUGCGGGCACUACUUCUGCGAGGCGUGUGCGCUGGGGAGGUAUAGGAAGGAUCCCAGUUGUGCGGCGUGUGGGUCGGGGACGGGAGGGGUGUUUAAUGUGGCGAAGGGGCUGAAGAAGUUGUUGGAGCGGAAGAGGGAGGCUGCAAGGAAGAGGAGGGAGAGAGCGAUAGAGGCUGGGGAGGAGGUUAGUGAGGAUGAGGAGGAGGGGAUGGAAGAGUGAAAGGGUGAAAGGGUGAAAGGUUGGGAAAUCCGCAUGCUAUAAGUUCCAAGUGAUAGACUUCCUCCACAGUCUCUAUCCCCGCUGACCACCUCGUCAGUAUCUAUCCUCGCCGACCUUCUCCCCAGCCUCGGCGAGGAUAGAGGCUGAGAUGGAGGUCGCUGGGUAUAGCGGCUGGGGAGGAGGUUGGUGAGGAUAGACACUAGGAAGGAGGUCAGUGGGGAUAGACGCUGAAAACGAGGUUUGUGAAUAUGAUGAGGAAUACGUAUCUAUCAAUUACAAAAUUCAUGAUUUAGGUGUAAAAUGGGGUGGCUCACUUGUGUGGCCCACUCGCUUGUAAAAUACGGUGAUAAGUUAGUAAAAUAUGUAAUGUAUUUUUACCAUUCCCCCUUUCCGUUUACAUAUCGCGCCACUCUUUAUAUAGACCCAAGAGAAUGAGCACCCCGGCCGUUGACAACACCACAGAAGAGGUUAGGGAGGACUCUGGAAUUACGUGGAAGGGCGGCCGGCC